AUUACGUCUUUUGCAUUUGCAACAUGGCAGGCACAGGGGAUCCCACAUGGAAAGCGGCAGGAGAGGGUGAAGAUGAAGGCAUGGAGGGCACAGACAGCGAAGAAGGAGACGAGGAUGAUAUUAUGGAAGCGAACGAGGAGGAGGAAACGGAAAAAGGUCCGCAAAGGGUAUAUUUGCCCGGCGUUCAGCCUCUGCAGGAGGGUGAAGAGCUUGUGAUGGAUCAGGACGCCUAUGUUCUGUAUCACCAGGCUCAGACAGGCGCUCCAUGUCUAAGUUUUGAUGUAAUUUCGGAUAACCUCGGAGAAACCCGUUCGGAUUACCCAAUGACUAUGUUUCUUUGUGCUGGGACUCAGGCUGACACCGCUCAAGGCAACAGGAUGUUGGUAAUGAAGAUGCACAAUUUGCAUCGGACAGGCAAAGAGAAGAAAGACGAUUCGGAUUCUGAAAGCAGUGACAGCAGUGAGGAUGAAGAUGAAGAAGAGAAAAAGCCACAGCUGGAGCUGGCGAUGGUUCCUCACUAUGGUGGUGUAAACAGAGUUCGGGUUUCUACAUUCGGUGAAACUCCAGUGGCUGCUCUUUGGUCAGAAAAGGGCCAGGUAGAGAUUUAUGAUCUGCGAAAACAGAUCGCAGCUGUGUCAGACUCACAGACGCUGGCUGCUUUUAUCAAAGAAGAACAAUCCAAGAUCAAGCCGGUGUUUUCUUUCUCGGGUCACAUGACUGAGGGUUUUGCAAUGGAUUGGUCACCAAAGACCCCAGGACAGUUGGUCACUGGAGACUGCAACAAAAACAUUCACUUGUGGAAUCCCAGGGAAGGAGGAACGUGGCACGUUGACCAGAGGCCUUUCACAGGUCAUACGAAGUCUGUUGAAGAUCUGCAGUGGUCUCCCACUGAAGCCACGGUAUUUGCCUCCUGUUCGGUUGAUACCUCUAUUCGUAUUUGGGACACUCGAGCAGCCCCCAAUAAGGCAUGCAUGCUGACGACCAACCAGGCCCACGAUAGUGAUGUGAAUGUUAUCAGCUGGAACCGCCACGAACCGUUUAUUGUCAGCGGAGGAGAUGAUGGUCUUCUUAAGAUCUGGGAUUUGCGACAGUUUCAAAAGGGAGUAAGCGUAGCCAAAUUCAAGCAGCACACGGCCCCCAUCACAUCGGUUGAGUGGCACCCUACGGACAGUGGCGUGUUUGCAGCGGCCGGUGCUGAUGACCAGAUAACACAGUGGGAUCUUGCUGUUGAAAGAGAUCAAGACCAAGAAGGAGAAACGGAUGACCCUACGUUGGCAACUAUUCCUCCUCAGCUACUUUUUGUCCAUCAAGGAGAAAAAGACAUUAAGGAACUGCACUGGCACCCGCAAUGCCCAGGAAUAGUUAUCAGUACGGCAUUGUCUGGCUUCAAUGUUUUCCGUACUAUAAGUGUGUGAGGCUGUGCUGUACGCUUUGUAUUUUGUUGCCAAACAUCAUACUUUGUUGGACUGCUUAAGCUCUGUGUGAGGUCACCUUACUUAAAAUAUAUUAAAUCCUACCCUGCCAGUUUUAUGGUACUGCUUGGCGGUUGUCAUUUUUCUUAAGGCUGUGGAAUUCAAGUGUAAUUUACUCUACUCUACCACAUAUUUGCUGUGUAGAAGAUACAUAUAUGUGUUCCAGCCCUUUUUGUCCUCCAUAGCCAUCUGGCCUUAAGCGUCCUUAAUUAGAAAAGUCUUAUUUGCGAAAAGGCCCUAAAGAAAUCGCUACUGGUCUUUUUGAUCAAUUAUAAAGUUGAUAAAGAAUAUUUUUCUAUUUUAGUGUAGAUAAGUUCAAUACCAUUUUAUCUUUGUGUUGGUGGUUGGAAGGCCCAGGCUAUUGAGGUGUUCCACUGGCUGGGCAAGCCAUAAUUCCUGCACUGAUUGUUACAUCAGCAGUAAAGACUAUUAUGGAAGUAUUUAUAGGCGGUUGGGUAACAUCUAUGUUUUAAAUAAAGGAUUUGUAUAGCAAA